AAAUCAUUUCCAACCGUUUGUAAGUAUGAAAAGGCAGUACAAAAACGUAAGCAAAGAAAACAACAGAGUCAAACAGAACUCGUUGGGAAAGAUGAAAGCACAAGUGCCGGUACUGAAAGAAGUCUCAGAGCAGAUUCAAAAAAUAAACCGUCACAUCGUAGUAAAUCACCUGAAAGCAGAAAUUCAUCUUUAAUAGAUUCUAGGCAGCAGCAUAGUCACAAAAGUGGGGAUAAAACGACCUUUCAAUCUGGACCAAGACCAAGGACAGGUUCUGUACUUUCUGAUGGCCAAAGACAUAUGUCAGAGUUUUCAAAAUCAAUAUCUACAAGAUAUGAAAAGGAGCUCACAUACAGUAACUUUAAGAAAAGAGUAAUUCAUUUUUUCUUAAUUUCAGCUGUUUUGAUUGUAAUAAUAUAUCAUGCCCAUGAUCCCCGAAAAUAGGUACAUUCUGAUUCAAUUUAUAAUCAUAAUGUCAUUAUUUUUGGGGACUUCAGUAUUGCAAAAACCCGAAAAUCAGGUAUCCUAAUUUCAUUGACAAAAUGACGACCUCCACUUUUUAAUUUUUGGAGGGUAUCACUGUUUUGCCUUUAAUUUUAAUAGUCGAUUCGUAGCAUAAUAAUUACCCGGUACUUCUGUUUUACCAUUUGAUAUAUAUUAAUUUAUAUUUCAUAUAUUAUAGUCCCAUAUGCAAAUGAGAAAAAUAUUAGUACGUCAUUUAUUUUAAGUUAGUAAGUAAUCUUGUUUUGCAAACCAACAUGUAUUAUUAGAAUCAACUUUAGACUUUAGCAGUUGAUAGAAAUUAAAAUAAGUUCUAGACAUUUGCUUGGGGUACCGGUAAGUAUAAGAUAUUUUGAUUGUUCUUUAGUAAUAUCUUAAGUAAUUCUUGGUCAAUUGAGUCAGAAAUGUUUUUUUUCUUUGAGAAUACUGAAAGUUAUAUAAUAAUUCUCUUACGGAAUAUUGUGAUAUGUAAAAUUGAGGAAUAAUUUAUUUAAUUUCGUUGACUGCGAUGUAUUGCUUUACAAUAUUUUUUUUCUAUUUUCCUUCUUGUAUAUGAAGACCUCGGCGGAAAAACCAGACAUGUCACAAAAUUUCAUUUUUGAGUUAUCCCCCUUAACCAAUUCAGCUCAUAAUAAAGCUUCAGAGGACACUGAAAACUACUGCAAAAAUCACCUCGUUUACGAGUAAUCGGGGAUUUAAAAUAGUGCAUACUUUGGAAGAACCAGACAUGUCCAGUGAAAAUGUAGAUGAAAAAAAUCAAAGUAACCUUCCUUAAUAUCACGUGAUGUGCUUAACCAAUGGCAAGUAAGGAAAACGUAAAUAAAUAAAGAAUGUAGGUCAAUUGUCCGACAUGGAAAUUACACCAUACAUUAACUGCUACUAUUACUAUUGUUAUCUAAUAUAAUCUUAAAGAGAAAAAAAAAACGGAGAAAGAAAAACAGGUUUAGGAAGCAAAGUUUUCUAGUCAUACAUUGGGUAAAGAUAGUCACCGUGCAAGGUUUAUGUGAUUAGAAUGAAAAUGAUGAACGUUUAGGCUUAGGAUUAAGUUUAAUCGUUAGUCUACUUUGCCAGUGUAUCAGUGUUGUAUUUCUUAGAGUAAGCUCAGCUUGCUUAGUGUGUUGCCUCUGAUAAAUGAUGAUUGUUCAAUAAAGGCAAAAAAAAAAAACAGCAGAACAAAAAGUAUGCUCGUCUCCUGCUUCAAGCAUCGUUUUAAUCAGACCACUGACGGCAGACGGCAGUGAUGAGAACAAUACAAUGAUUUACAACAUAUUUUGUGCUAUUGCAUGUGAUCGUUCCCGAUUAAAAGCUGUUAAACAUACUAUAACUAUCUUUAUCUUUUCAUUGUUUUUGAAAAUGCAGGCCAUAAUCUCUUUAUUUUAUUUGAAUGAAAAUCACUACCCAUACAGUCAACUGAGCGAUGACUGAUGCUAGUGCUAGUGUGUGUAUAAAAAUAGCAUAAAACAAGCAUAUUCCAAUUUCAUCAACUUCAAUACCAGUUCAGGGUCAUGUGUUACAUAUAAUUUAUAACAAACUGAAUGGUAAUGACAUUGUGAAAGUAUAAAUUUGAUAGAAUUUAUUAUAUUAUCAUUGACUCAUUACACCAACAGUACAAGAUAUCAGUGGCUUGUACACUGAACACUGCUUUGGCUUUAGACUUUUUUUGGUAAAAAUUAUAACUUUUAAUUAUUAUUUUUGUAAAAUAACAGGGGAGUUUUCGGCCUCAAUUGGUUUUAUCAUUAAAAUUGGUCACUUAAGUUGACUUUGUGAUGAAGUAGAUAAGUAAUGGCCUUUUAAAAGCCAUAAAAUAUGGUUUUUAAAAAAGUUUUCAAUUUUCAGUGGAAAAAGCAGACAAGUCACAAUUUUGGGUCAGCCCGGUAAAAAGCUGUAAAAAUGUAAUAAAUUGUCACAAAAUAUUUAAUAACUGAUAUAUUUUGUAAGUAAAAUGGUAUCACUAACUAUAGACAAAAUUAUAGCAUUUUAUUUUAACAUGUGAAAAUAUUGGAUACUUUCAAACUUUAAAAUCCACUUUUCUCAAAAUCUUCAAAAUGUGACAUGUCUGGUUUUUCCGCUGAGGUCUUCAUGUGAAUAUGUAUUAUUUUUAAUGCAUUACGCAUGACUCUACUAACAUUGUCUUAGGAAUUUUAAAUUUGGAUACCAGACAAAAAUGUGCUACUUGAACUACAUUUCUUUUCAUCCUAAAUAUUUUUUUUUUAAAAUCAACAAUGAUCAUUUUUGUCUUUGGCCUAGGUUUAAAUGGGAUGUCUCAUUUCAGCCUAGGUUUAAAUGGGAUGUCUCAUUUCAACCUAACACUAUAAGAGGUAGACAACAUUAACUUUGCAAAUCUGUUAGGCUAAAAAAUUGGCUUUUCUUUCAUGGUGCUCAAAAUCUGAUUGAGAUUUAAAGAACAAGAUAUGAUUUUAACAAGUAUAAGUCUUUAAGAAAGAAGUUAUUAACUUCUGCCUUGGUGUCACUAAAGUAAGACUGAAGAACAUUAUAAAAUUGUUAAAAGCAAUAUUUUAUCUGUAUCUUUAGGUACCAGAAUCAGAUCUAAAAGAUUCCAGGAGCAAACAAGAUCCAUAUAAAGGUGCUGAAAAAUGCAAGCCAAGCAGGGAUGAAAACUUUACAAAUUCAAAACCGGAAACAUCAAAAGGAUUGCCUUUAGGGAGGCUUUCAGAUCAUGGAGAAGGUACUUCUCAUUCAGGCUCAAGAUCAGAGAAAAAGACAAAGCAGCGGAAUGUUUUUUCUCGAAUGGAAGCAAGUAAGUUUAGAAUAAUUUGAUUUAAAAUCCUGAAAACUGUUACCAACAAACUUAAAUGUAAUGAUUGAUAUUUAAAAAUUUAUUGCGUAAAGUUGAUGAGUUUAACAAUAUUUCUUUGUUAUCUUUGGUUGUUUCUAAUUAUUGAUUGUUAUUAAAAUAUGUGCAACAUAUUAACCUCAGGUUUAAAAUCCUAUCUAUAGACUCCCAAAAACCUUGGAAACAACAUCUUAUUUGAUUUUUCAUAAAAUACAUUUCUAAUUUUUAACAGUUUCAGGACCCAUAAGUCUAUUAAAACGCUGUGUAGAGGAGCGCUUGCAUGUAAGGGUAAAGACAAGAGCUGCAGUGUCUGUAAGGAGCAUCUGUAGAGGCUACAUUGUGGCUUUUGAUAAAUAUUUCAAUAUGGUAAUAAACUAGCUAUAGCAUUCUUUGAAUGUGAAAUAGUUGGAGAUAGCUGGUUUUGUUCUGACAUAUGCAUCUGUUUUUUGUUUUCCUCCUUUAUAAUGCUAUGCCUUUUUUACAAAGGAAGAUUGGUUGUUAUCUUUCUUAUUUAACCUUCCACUUCCAUGUUUUUUUGUUUUUUUGUGUGGUUUUUUUUUUUUACAAAUUGUUUGCCAUUUCAUUUCAGCAAUAAAAAGAUGUUUGCAUUUUAUUUAAAGUAAAAGGCAACAAGAAACUCAAUAUUUUAAUAUUAUUAUUAAUAUUUUUAGGCCAUGAUUGAUGUGGAUGAAAUAUAUAAAAGGCCAGCAGCCUUGGGAAAAGUAAGAGCAGUAAGUAAAGAUUUCUUAAAAUGAUUUAUUAAUAAUUGUAGAAAUGCUUUAAUAAUUUAUUUUAGUUAUGUUUAUUAAAACGCAUGAUAUUCCACACAAAAAAAAUGUCAGUCCUAUAAUAGUGCCUGAGUUGUAAAUGUGUGUCCCCUAGUCAAACAAAGCAUUUCAUACAUUUUAGAAAUAAUUCUUUGGUGACCAUACACAUAAUCAACUGCAAGUGGCCUAGAUGUAUUCAUAACAAAGUAACACUAAUCAGUCAUUAAAAUUUCAAUAGUUCAUGUUCUUUGGUCAAAUACCUAACCCCUUGAAAAAGGAGGAUUUUAAAUACAUUUAAAACUGACAAACAUACAACUUUUAUUCUUAUGAAUAUGUAAUUAUAUAAUAACAUGAAUUUUUUGGAAUUCACAUUUAAUCAUAGGAACAUGUUUUGGCUAUUUUUGACAAAUGUUAUCCUGCAUGUUUGUAUUAAUAUAAAUCUAUUCUUACCUUGCUGUCCUUAGAGAAGAACCCACAAGCUAAUAGCUGCUCAAAAAACCCUGAUAAAAGAAAAAGAAGAGAGCCUGGCAAGAUGGAGGUCAUUGCAGGAGUCCAAAAAUAAAGACAUCUCUUCUGCCAGCUCCUCUUUUCAGGCACUGAACAUCGUCCCUAGUGUUGAUGAAUUGAACAAAAUUCUAACCAAUGUUUCAAAGCAAAAAGACAUUGUGUGUUCUCCCGGUGAGUCUCUACCCUCAGAUGCAUGCACAUCAGGGUCUAGAGUUAAGGACUCCUUAAGUUCAAACCUUCCAUGUGAAGCUUCCAACAACAAGACCGGCGUAAUGUCAGAUAAAGACAAAUUAUUAGAGAAACAGUUGCGAAGGAUUCAGAGUGUCUAUGAGGGACAGAAAGCUCCGCUGUCACCUUAUGAGAGAGAAGCUUUAAUGUUGGGUGUCCCCGAUGAAAACAUUACCAUCAGACAUAUCAAUCAAUUGCUAAUCAGAGGAGAAAAUGUGGUCUCUGUUUCCAUUAUAGAUGAUUUAUAAAUGUUAGCAUGUGGUGCUUUACAGCGUGAUGCCAGGGUUCUGAAGUGAUUUUAUUAGGGCUAGUACUGUGGUUUUCAAAUUGAAGGGACAGGCCCCCAAUGGACACAGUGAUGUAAAGUUUAAAAAGCACUGGACUAGAAUAAGUAUACAAAGUCAAAGGGUUGAAGGCUUGCUCAUCGAGCAGUUGACCACCGUAAAAAUGUACUGAUGACUUAGACAACAAUGGUCAGGUAAAUAUAAGCCAAAUCUAAAAAUAGGCUGCAAUCUUAGUGUGACAGAUACCAACUCAGGAAGCAAGACCAUUAAUGUCAUGUGUUGUGUGAUAGUUCUCCACAAUGAGAUUGGCAGUGUGGUAUGUGGUGGUGGUGAUUUGAGCCAACAUUCUACUGUGUGAGCUAAGUGCCUUCAUUUCCAAGCAACAGCAUGACCCUUCAUUAUUAUAUCAACAAGAAAAAGACACCCUGUAUCUUCCUAGCAGAAAUGUUUUGAUGUGUCCACUGAUACAGCUCAGUUAAGUUAAUUUGACUACCACAAGCCCCCAAGGAUUUUUGUUAUUUUAUAAAUAGUUUGAGUUACCGGUAGUUCUAAAGAAUAUGCAAAAGAUGUCAUUGACAAUCGUUGGCAUAUUAUUUGCCUUACUUUGUGCAAGCUAGACAUUAUGUUAUUUGUUAUUAUCAUUUGUGUUCAAACUCUUGUCAGUUACAUUUCAUUUCGUACAACUGUGUCAUUAUUUGAUAAACCUUCUCUAACGUUUUGGUGUUUGGCGGGUC